AUGUCAGUUUCAUAUGACUCGUCAGCCACCUUGGUAAACGCUACUUGGGUAGCUGUUCUACUAAGUGAACGCGAUGUCGCCGGUCAGAUCCCACUCAACUUCGUGACAAACCCCGCGGUGUCGCUGUCGGCUGCCUGCUUUGGAAAUGGCAUAUAUGAUAAAACUGCGGCGUCUCAAUGUUUCUCGAAUCUGCUAGCAAUCGGAUACCGGCGCCUUGGUCUCGACCUGUACUGGUCGGCGGACCGUAGGAGUUGGUCCUUCUGUCCGGUCUCUGUUCCAACCAAGGCCGACGUGAUAGUGUCCUCGGAGACAUCCGCUGUGAGCAGUACCUCUCAAACGUCUACUAUUACUACAGCUGCCACGACCUCAACAGCUGAUGCGGAGCCUGCGACUAUUACUGGAUAUGACGAUUCCCACGGGGAUACCCUCUACAAGCUAGGACCGUAUAGGUGCACCAAUGAUCUGGACCCGUACACAUUAGCCCAGAUACUCGCGGGUUACUUCCAAGACACCAAUGCGCGCUUAACCGUAUAUACUACCUAUCUCGUUCUCAAUCUUCAUGUCGCCGCGAGUGACUCGGCACCGGAUUAUCCGGCCUCUGCGAUCACUGGAAAUCAGUUGCCAUCAGAGAAUGAGCGAGUCGGCAGGAUCCUUGGGUCUGCUCUCAAAGACUUCAUAUACAGCCCGGCCCAGCUAGCAGCAGACCGCAGCAAUUUGAAUGGGUCCUGGUAUCAGGUCGAUCAGAGCUACAUGCCAAUCACGGAGUACUUCACUAUUCAUGAGAAUGAAGCAGGCGAACAAAGCACCCCGGAUGGCUGGCCAUCAUCAAAGUACAUCCAGCUAGCUAAGCGUGACCGUCUACUUAUCGAAUACGGCUCCGUGGAUCCUCAGCUGGCGGACUACGAUUUGUCUCUAGAUGAAGAUUCGAUCUUUCCUCCUGGGUAUCUGACGUCCGCGGUGGAUGUUUCCGCCACAACGAACGGCACCCUCACAUCAGGCUGUCUAUAUGAACCGAAAGCCACGGUUAUAUCUCAGGCCAAUUCAUCAUGGGCAAUGUCCAAUAGCAUACCAAUCCCGGAUGGUCUUCCCACAUACGAUACAAUGGCGUCAAUAUCAAACGUCCUCUCCGACAUCACAUCCUGUGGGAUGUCGCCAAUGCUCAACACCACUCUCUUCGGUGAGACUGCCGACACUAAUGUUGAACACUACCGCAAUGUCUCCCUUUCGACAUCUUGGGCCUGGGCCUUCGGGGAGCCCCGCGACGCGACUUAUGGCGGUGGUGAGGGUGAUCCAAAGUAUGACCGCUGCGCCAUCAUGGAUCUCACAUCCAACGGCCAAUGGCGGUCCACGAACUGCACCGAGCAGCGGCGCGGUGCUUGUCGAAUUGGCAACUCGCCCUUCUCCUGGGUCCUGUCGGCUGAGUCUACAUAUUUCUCUAAUGUGUCAGAUACAUGUCCAGAGGGAACGAGCUUCGCUGUGCCACGCACAGGUCUCGAAAACAGAUAUCUUUAUAAACACCUCCUUUCUUUGUCGGAAACGGAUAUCAAUCCAGCUUCCACGCACGCCGCUCUUCGUGAGGUCUUUAUCGACUUCAAUUCUAUUGAUGUUACUUCUUGCUGGGUUUCCGGUGGUCCUAAGGCUAGCUGUCCUUAUGCCUCUGAUCCGCAGGAACUCGAGCACAGAACUGUGCUCGUUGCUGCAAUCGCUGGUAUUAUCAUUCUCAUUAUUACAGCUUUGACUUUCUUUGUCAAGUGCAAUGCCAACCGUCGGAAUUCUCGACGGGGAAAGCGCAUCAUUGAAGGUUGGGAAUACGAGGGUGUUCCCUCAUAG